AUGGUUACUCCAAGCGUUCACGAACAGUGUUGGGAACCAACAACAACCUUGAAAGAUAUCCGGAAAUGUAUCCAAAAUGGCCACUAUAUUAUGGUAAUAAUGCGUGGUAUCCCAGGAUCAGGCAAAUCUCAUUUAGCUAGCGACUUAGUAUCCGGAACAAAUGGUGCAAUUUUUGGUAGCGACAAAUAUUUCAUGCAAAAUGAUGUGUACCGAUUUGAUCCCACCAAACUGGAUGAAUAUCAUCAGAAAAAUUGGAAAGAAGCAAAAGACGCAAUACUGCAAGGGAUAAAGCCAAUAAUCAUUGACAACACCAACAUAUUUGUGGCACACAUGAAGCCGUACAUUAAUCUAGCUUUGAAGAAUUCAUAUGAAAUUUAUUUCGUGGAACCAGAGACAGAGUGGAAGAAAAAUGCAAAAGAGUGUGCUAGGCGUAAUGCACACUCUGUGUCGGAAGACAAAAUUAAGCGUAUGGCCGAAUGCUUCGAAGAAGUCGUUUUAAGUGAUAUAAUAAAACCGACACAGUUAAGAAUAAUUCCACCACUGGUUGACGUAAGCGACAAAGAUGAUGAUUAUAGUUUAUUGCUAUCGAAAUUGGAUUCUUCUUCAUCAGAUUCGCUUUCGGAAAAAAAUCAUACUGACAAAAAGAAAAACUCUGAACAAUUAUUUUCUUUAAUUCCACAGCAGAUACCAAAAAAAAGUCUGCGUACAGUUGGAUGUCACACUAGUGAUUUGAUUCGAGCAUUUGACUUAUUGGAUCCUUUGCCAUCUGUAAGCGAUGAAUUUGUCUGGGAAACAAUACGGGAUGAUAUUGAUUUUAGUAAUAAAAAGAAAAUGAGGGGAGAAGUUGUUCAGGCUGGUGACGGUAACAUUCUAUCCGAUAUUGAACUAUUAUUAGCGUUAUUUCCGGAUGAAAAACCCUCAGAUCUGUUACAUAUGCUAGAGAUAGUUGGAUUAAAUAAUGCAAUGACAUUGCUUAAAGAAAUGAACGCUCACAUGGAUCUCUGUGCUACAGUUGGCAAGAAUAAAAAUAUUAGAGCAGAACCAUUGUCACAGACAUAUUAUUGGUGGAAUGAAGCAGAAUUUGAAGGGAUCGAUGACAACAGUUCAUCAAAAUUUGCACCAAAUUUCGAAAUGAAAAGAGCGAUGCCAGAAAAUUUGGCUCCUUGCACUUACAUGCAAUGUUGUGAUCCAGAACCUGUACCGCAAGGAUAUUAUCGGAUGGAGAUAUCAAUUGAUAUGAUGGAGCAACUUACUCAGCUUUUCGGUGGUAGUGAAAAUAAUGUUUUAAAAACAUAUGUGGACUUACCGAUCUGGCUCUGGCGUCAAAUUUAUUUUUUCUGGCAAGGCACUCCAACUACAAAAGUAGAUAAUGCAUUUGGAAGUGAGAAUUUCGACUUUUCUUCACUGGUUAGUUCUGAUGAAGAAUUAGCGCGAAUAUUGCAAAAUCAAGAACUAUCAUCAGACAAAUCGUUGGAAAACGGCAGACAUAUGAGUAUUGCUGAAAGGCUACAGCUAAAUGCACUGAUAAAUGAUUAUUCUGGAGUUGAUCGGGAGCGAAUUGCAGAAUGCUUCUAUGAUAACAAAUUUUCUGCGGAGGCUACGCGUAAUAUUUUAAAACUAUUCAUAAAUGACACUGAAAACAUUAAAACAGUACUGGCUGAUCGAUCUUCGUUUGUUUCUCCUACAAAUCGACCCGAUAGUUGUAAUAUGUCAGCAGCAUUUCCCCGUCACUUUGCUUUCAAUGAAUUAUCGAUCCUAAAGCCAGAUCUAGAAUCAGUUCACAAGGACGCAUGCAAACUACGAGAAGAAGCAGAUAAGUAUAACAAACAGAAACAUGAAAUGUUAUUGCGGGCUAACAGUCAUCGAGAACUUGGAGCUAAAAUGUUUUAUUUUGCUGAGGCUCAGAAAUUUGGGAAAAAAGCACGAGAUUGUGUCGCAGAGCUGAAUGAAAGAUUGUUCAAAGCAAACACAUCCAAUUUAUUCAUCGACUUGCAUUAUAUGGAUGUUCAGUCUGCUAUUAAACUUCUUAAAGCCAAACUGAAUGCUGCAGAUAGACCGCCGGAGCUCCAACGUGGACGAUCUGGAAAGAAACUCAUUGUUCUAACUGGUUACGGUAAAUUGAACGAUGGGCAAGCAAAAAUUAAGCCAGCUGUCACACAGUGGCUUGAGCAAUGUGGCUAUGAAUAUUAUAAUUCAUCCAACAAAGGUGAAUUAAUUGUGGAGUGUAAAUAG